AUCAUAUAUAUGUAUGUAUGUGGGUUUCAGUUAUAUAUACGCAAGACAAACUCGGAACUAUACAGUUGUGUUCUGUGAACAGUUUUCAUUUUGGAAAAAAAAUGUACUCAAAAUAUUUUGUAGUACUUUUAUUAAGCGUUGCAUACACCGCUAACGCGGCUUACGCACCGUUCAUAAAAAAAUGCAAAUGGGACGAUUCGAAAUGCAUUAAGGCAACGGCACAAAAUGCUAUCCCAAUACUUGCAGCCGGUAUCCCAGAAUUGGGAGUGCAAAAACUGGACCCCUUCAGAAUGGAAACUUUGGACGCCAGUUCCCCUACCCUUAAACUGCUUCUUUGGAACAUUACUGGCACUGGACUUAAGGACUGCUUAGCUAAAAAAGUGAAGCGUGACAUUGGACAAUCUAAAAUCACUGUGAAACUGCAGUGUACCGUCGAUUUUGUUGGAAAAUAUGAGAUGAAGGGACGUCUGCUGCUACUGCCUAUUGAAGGAAAGGGUGACGCUCACGUUGUACUCAGGAAAGUAGUAAUCACCGCUGACGUUGACAUCGGUGACAACCUUGGCCGUGACGGAGAGAAACACUGGAGCAUCAAGACCUGGAAACACACUUACGAUGUAAAAGAAAAAUCUACCAUCGAACUGGAGAAUCUCUUUAAUGGAAACCAAGUUUUGGGUAACGCCGCCCGUACGAUGAUUGAGUCCAGCAGCAAUGAAAUCGUGAAGGAAAUCGGCCCUCCGAUAAUCAAGGCCAUCAUUAGCAGGAUCAUUGAACAAAUUGAGACCUUCUUCGAGCACGUUCCUUCCAGCGAAUUCACUGAUUAAUGUUCCUAUAAACUUUGUCUUAAUUUAUAACAAAAAAUAUAUAAAAAGGUUCGUUUUAAGAACGAUAAUUAUUUAUAAAUCUGCUUCUAAGUUUGAUUGGAAAGGAAAAUAACAUGACUAGUAAAAGUAGGAACUGAAUAUUUUUAUCAUUAUCAUAAUAAACUGCCACUCUUAAGUAAUAAA